UUGAUUUUGAAUUAUGUUAUUGUGCAUUACUUGUAGGUUAUGUUUACUUUAAUAAUCAUUUUAUAGGCCUAGCACCCGGAUCAGUUGUAUAUAUUUUAUAUGACGUUUAUUUAGUUUGUUUCCAGUUUAGAUAAUUAAUAUAUUAACUGAUGUAGUGUAAAAUAUUUGCUCAAAAAGUAAUCAUACACACAGUUUUCAUUUUGUGUUUAUCUAGGCCUUCCUAACUAAGUUGACAAACGUAUGCUCAUAUCAUUCAAUAUUUUGUAAUUACAUAAGUAAUGAAAUUACAUUACAUUUUUCAUGUAUUUAUUUCAGUUUUUCAUGUUAGUAGUGGAUUUUCUGUGUUUGAUAUUUUAUCACCGGUAGUUAGUCUAUAUGCUGAACAAUGUGAUUCUAGAUGGGUUACUAGCAACAUAACGGGUUUAGAGAAAGUCCUUUAUGAAAAAGUCUUUGGUCAAGAUUUAGCUGUAAGAGUCAUUCUAACAGCGCUGAAAAACCAUGUAUCAAAGACAAACCACAAGAAACCUUUAGUCUUAAGCUUCCAUGGAUGGACAGGGGGAGGAAAAACUUUUGUUAAAGAUUUUAUAUUGGAGCAUUGGUUUAGGGAAGGACAAAGCAGUAAGUUUGUUAAAACAUAUUUCGCUAGAAAAGACUUCCCGAGCAACGAUAAAGACAUGGUUUACAAAUACAAGAUGAGACUACAAGAAGAUUUACAGGAAAAAAUAAGUUUGUGCCAAAGAUCCAUUUUUGUGUUUGAUGAGGUGGACAAAUACCCCCCAUAUGUGCUGGACGCGAUCAAGCCUUACAUUGAUUACAACACUCACAUCGAUGGCUACGAUUACAGAAAGGCAAUAUUUAUUUUUAUCACCAACAUAGGCAGUAAACUUAUCUCACAAAUUUCCUUACAAAAGUGGCUAAAGGGGAUCGAUCGUGAGGACUUCAAGCUGUCUGAUUUUGAAGAGCCUAUAAGAAAACAUUCUUUCAAUCAUGAAGGUGAUUAGCUGACGUCAUCUGGUUUAGAGGUUUACGGGUUCAAUCCUAACCUAUGCUAGAGGUUUAAUGCUAACUAAUAUAUCAUUGGAGGUUCAUGGGUUUGAAUCUAACCAACCACUAAUGGUAUUGUAUUAUAGUGAGAGGUUCACGGGUUUAAUCCUUUGUAAAAAACAUUUUAUUUUAUAUUAUAUUAUAUAUGCUAUAGUGUAUAAUAAAUGUGAAACAAAUGAUAACCUGAUGUUAAAAACAGCUGAAAGAGGGCUUAAGCGGAAUUUUACCAUAGAGUAUAAAA